UGCAGGAGAGACCGGUUUGGGCAAGUCUACCCUCAUGGACACCCUGUUCAACACCAAGUUUGAGGGGGAGCCGGCCACCCACACACAGCCGGGUGUCCAGCUCCGGUCCAAUACCUAUGACCUCCAAGAGAGCAACGUGGGGCUGAAGCUCACCAUUGUUAGCACGGUGGGCUUUGGGGACCAGAUCAACAAGGAAGACAGCUACAAGCCCAUCGUGGAGUUCAUUGAUGCCCAGUUCGAGGCCUACCUGCAGGAAGAGCUGAAGAUCCGCAGGGUCCUGCACACCUACCACGACUCCCGAAUCCACGCCUGCUUGUACUUCAUCGCCCCCACGGGCCAUUCCCUGAAGUCUCUGGACCUCGUGACGAUGAAGAAGCUGGACAGUAAGGUGAACAUCAUCCCCAUCAUCGCCAAAUCAGAUGCCAUUUCGAAGAGUGAGCUAACAAAGUUCAAAAUCAAAAUCACCAGCGAACUUGUCAGCAAUGGGGUCCAGAUCUACCAAUUCCCUACAGAUGACGAGUCAGUGGCAGAGAUCAAUGGAACCAUGAACGCGCACCUGCCGUUCGCUGUCAUCGGCAGCACAGAGGAGCUGAAGAUAGGCAACAAGAUGAUGAAGGCGCGGCAGUAUCCUUGGGGCACGGUGCAGGUCGAGAACGAGGCGCACUGCGACUUCGUGAAGCUGCGGGAGAUGCUGAUCCGGGUGAACAUGGAGGACCUCCGGGAGCAGACCCACAGCCGGCAUUACGAGCUGUACCGGCGCUGCAAGCUGGAGGAGAUGGGCUUCAAGGACACCGACCCCGACAGCAAGCCCUUCAGCUUACAGGAGACCUAUGAGGCCAAAAGGAAUGAGUUCCUGGGCGAGCUCCAGAAAAAAGAAGAGGAGAUGAGACAGAUGUUUGUCCAGAGAGUCAAAGAGAAAGAAGCUGAACUUAAAGAGGCAGAGAAAGAGCUACACGAGAAGUUUGACCGUCUGAAGAAACUACACCAGGAUGAGAAGAAGAAGCUGGAGGAUAAGAAGAAAUCCCUGGACGAUGAAGUGAACGCCUUCAAACAGAGAAAGACGGCAGCUGAGCUGCUCCAGUCCCAGGGCUCCCAAGCUGGAGGCUCACAGACUCUGAAAAGGGACAAAGAGAAGAAAAAUUAACUCUGCUGUUUGCUGCAUGCUGCAUGAGACCCAGGUCCUGUUUGGGCUUCCUGUAGACACCCUUUUCCUGCGCAACAGAGCUGGGCCUCCCUUUCUCUAAUUCCCCCUUAACACGCCUGAGGGGACACACAACCCAUGCCCUCCCCUCUCUUCCUGCCAAAGCUUAUAGAAGCCUGGGAGUCUGAGGAUGGCGUCUGGCCUCUGGUCAAGAAGCCAGCAGUCACGUGGCUCGGAAAUGGCGGUGCCUCCUGCGUCGCGGUCGUUCCCCCCACCCCCACCCCCGCCAGCCACUCUCAUCUGCUCUUCUCCACCACCAGCUUCCCUGUUCGAAUUCUGAUUGCUGCCUGUUUCCCUGAAGUAUUUGCCUCCACCAUGCCUGGGUAAAUGCCAGGUAGUCCCAGUUAGUCCCAGUUAGUCCCCAUGCACUGGGCUUCCCUGACCGCCCCCCCCAAGCCCCAACAGCAGCCAUGGCCCCUUCUGAGAGGGCUCCAAGAGGAGAUCCUCUGGUGCCUUUUUCUUCUGGCCUCUCAGCCCAGCCCUUUCCUGUUUUGAGUUGCUCCAAGUAAGUGCACUCAAGUUGUGUUAAAAAUCCAGAAUGAGUUUAUUGACACCAAGCCCUUUCCAGAAAACAUGACUGCUGAAGAAAAUAGCAUAAAUUUCUGCUCUCUAUAAUUCUGGGUACCCCACAAAUGCAGAAGGGGGAAUAAACCUGAAUGUU